UGAACAUGAGAAAUACUUUGAUUGUACCUGAUUGGCUAAUCUGCAUUAGGAAGAAAAAUAGGAACUCAAUAAAAAGAUGCGCAGAAACGUCUUCAACAAACGACGGAGGAUCAUCUUUAAAGAGAUAACAGGCAAGUUUCAAACGAAAUGACCAUGCAGUUAUUUGGUGCAUUAAUUCUGGCAGGAAUGUUGUGCUCUUCACUUUGUCAGGAGGACAGUCUCUUUAUAGCCGAGUCGCAUAAAAAGGGUAAUGAGAAGAUUUUAAUUAUUAAAGACAAGACUACUGGCAAAAAAGUCACGGAAAUAGAUGUCUUUGAAAAUGAGGGAUAUCAACUUGGAAAACCUGUAGACGAAAACAUCUGUCUCGUCUCACGAUUUCUCGUUAAGGCAGACGAUCCUCCACAUUGUUUCAAACGUAUACCUGCUAUUGACAUGCAAGACGAAAUACCAGCCGACCUUACAGAAUGUAAAAACCGUGACAUUGUCUUUGUAAAACCGACAGAAUGUCUCAAGCCUGACAUGGACCAUGAGAGUGAAUCAGAAAACGGACUCAGACAAAAAAGGGCCUCUGUAUGUGCUACCCAUGAGAUCACCUUUUGUGCAUUGUGGGGACUGAAAUGUAUGAGACGUGGAUGGUUGAAUGCAUGUGUAGAAUUAAAGUCCCAUUGUGUUCGCCAAGGAAUCAUUCGUGUUCCUUUAUUACAUUGCUAAUACAACUGAAUGAUUCAAACUUUAACAACCAUAGCUGACAUCUUACAAAAAACGCUUUAGCAUGUACUUGACUGUAUGGUUUAUAAUUUCGUGUUCAUUUAUUGACAUCAUCUCAGUUUGCAUACAAUUGUCUGUUUAAGUCUAACGGAUGUCGCAUUUUUCAGUGUAUGUAUGCUUUUUGUUUUCAUUCCAUAUUUGUUACAAGAAAAGCAUUGAUGCAAAGCAUCAAAGGGCGUCCAAGCAAGAAAUGCAUCAAGUGAAGAUGAACUAGUAGACAUAUGAUGACAAGAUUUUCUUAUAAACUUUCCAAUGGUUUUUACCAGAAUUGUAUAUCACUUAUGAAUGAGCGGACGAAAGACAUUGUUCAUUAUGAACUUUGAUUGGCAUACUAGAGAUUAGAAUAUUACUUGUUAUUUCUUUAUGAUCGUGGUUAUUAAUAGCAACGUAUAUACAUGUAUACAAUCAUUUAUAAUCCAUAUGUGUAACGCAUAAUCAACACCACACUUGUGUAAUUGUCCCUUAUUAUGUUAUCGCUAUUAGCGAAGACCCCCUCUUAAGGUAUCUGUUCACACUUGGUAAAAAUAUGACACUGGUUAUACUACGUUGAUCAUGUUGAGCAUAAUUGUUUAUUAUACAACAAUUGUAAUAUCUAUUAAUUUUAAUAAAAAAAUACAGAUUUUAUGAAUAUUUUCUUUUCUUUUUUUGUGUUUUGAGUUUUUAUGUUUACUACUCUUUCUUUAAAUUAUAAAAUAAAUUUAUCUAUCUCUGGAUACUGCCAACCCCUCUUACGAGUGUUAAAGGCAGGAAGAAUUAAGAAGAAUUCAAUUGUCAUAUUGACCGGCGAUUAUAAGUCAAAACUUAACUGGAAAAAGUCAGAGAAUUAUGGUUAAUCUUUCAAUAUAUAAUAUUGUUUAUUCUUAAACCAUGUACAUGUACAUUUGUAUUUUUUUUAUCAUUUUUUAAAUUAUCAAUCAAUUGAAUAAUUCAUAAAAUCUAAUUUGUAACUUUGAAUAAUUCCUCGGCAUCUUUACUAAACACGAAUAACAAAUUAAAUAAAAUGUUUCAAAGUUGAUAGUGUCAUAUUAAUACCAUAAAAAUGUACCUUUUUUCUCAAUUAUUGUACAUAUUUAUUGUUUUUAUCUCAUAUAGAUAAAAUGAAACAUGCUAUUGUUGUUGUUGUUGUUUUCUUUCGAAUUGUAUGUUUAUGUAUAAUAAUAAUCAAUAAAUCUGAGAGUUGAUCUGAAUUUAUUAACAAUUGUAACCAAACUAAGUGACAAACAUUCAUUUUGGGAAAAAAGCUUAUUUAUCUGUUAAAAUAUUUGUUCUUUUCUGUAACGAUAUCAAACAUCUACUACAAAACCGGGAGAGACCGGACAAUAAACGUGUGGUACUAUUCGCCGGUCACUAGUAAAUCCCGGUCAAAAUAGACCGGGAGAGACCGGGAAUUACCGAUAGGAGUAAUCUAUAAAUAGAUUUUCGGAAUAUUUAGGUCAUCAACUCAUCAUUCUAGGUCAGACACUCACAUUGAUAUUUCCAUAGACGUACAUUAUAAGAAAUGGUCCCUAAUCCUACCUUAAAAUUGAAUUUUCAUGCUAAAGACGUGAUUUUUCUAGCAGAAUGAAAUGCCUGACACAUAAAAAUGUUCCUGUUAUAUAGUGGUAGCCAACCAAAUUUUUUGCAAAAUGACUUCAAAGAGGAUUACCCCCCAUUUCAUUGAAAUUUUCUGCUGAUCACAGGACUGACAUACACUUUUUAUAAAUGCAAAUAUCCAAGUCAAAAUUAUCAUAGAGACUCAUGAAAUAUUUCAUUUUCUUCAGAAAACAAUGUAGUGUUACUUUUUAAAUUAGUUUUUAUACUUAAAAAUACCCCAUUCUCAUCAAAUCACCUCAUGUAUAAAGUUAUUCAUACGGUUUUCCCUGCACUUUUUUUCAGCCAAUCGCUGGCCAUGUUACAAUGCGAUUCCCUGACCUCUAUUUACAGCUUUCGGAUACAUCACGGAUUUAUAUUACAUGUAAAAUCCGUGGAUACAUGUACAACAAUAACAUACCAUAAUAACCCACUGUGUACUACAAAAUGAUAAAUAAAAAACCCCGAAGAGCGCGAUUUAUUGACGGAAAAGGUUAUUUCAUUUUGAAAAUAUUUGCGUUGCGAAAUUCUCUUGCUCGCUAUUCAUUGUACAUAUCGCGACAUUUCAUUUUUAAUUAAUAAUCAAGCACCCUCAUACCGAUCGGAAUGAUCGGCUUUUAUUAUGGCCGACUAAAAGGCUCGAGAAGUUGCUGUCGCCCUUUCACAAAAUCUGAUUUCAUUCCAUAAGAGGCGCCGCUCUUCGGCGCGGACGCCAACAACGUUUAUUCAAUUACAUUUGGAUAAUCAAAAUAGCUUCUGUUUUGAAAUAUGUUAGAUCAAAAAAAGCAAAAGACAUUGCUUUAAAUAUUAUCUCUUUCAGAAUCAUUAUUAUUGGCUAUAUAUCUAUCUAUAAAGAAUAUACAAAGAAUUGUUUGUUGUUG